AUGUCAACAAUAUGUCCGUCAUUUAAAAAUGAGAAGACAUUAUUUAACUUUACUACGGAUAGUGCAUCGAUAAAUGAUUGGCAAGAAAUUAGUGAUACAGAACGUGAUGUGGGAAAAAGUAAAGCCACAUUUGUUUUGCAAAAAACACAACAAUUUCAACGUGCCAUUUUUUUUACACUAUUAAAUCCACAAUCGAAUGGUGCCGGUUUUGGUGGCGUCGCAUAUCGAAAACAAACAUUUGAUCUAAGCGCUUAUGAUGGACUAAAAUUAAAUGUACGAGCACAAGGAGAAUGUUAUAAUUAUAAAAUUAUUCUACGACAUCAUCAUCAAGAAUCGAGUCUUGAUCCAUCGUAUGAAAUUUUCUUUGAGUUACCCAAAAAUCAAUUUACUGAAAUUUAUCUUUCAUUCGACAAUUUCAAACCGUACAGUCGUGGUAAAGCACUCGAUCCAAGUAAGGUGCCAUUAUUAGAUCGAAGUGAUGUAACAAGUAUCGGUCUUCAAGUCUAUGGUGGUGUUUACUCACCAAUUAAGCAACAAGGUUCAUCUAGUCUGGAAAUCGAUUAUAUAAACACUGUUCAAUGUACUUCAAUCUAA